UAUAUAUAAACCGCUUGAAGUAUACGUUAUUCUUUAGUUUCAUCCAGCAUGGGGGCUAAUGGCAAUGCUAUGUUUUUAAGGCUGAUUACUUUAAUUGGUUUGAUUGCAUAUAGAGAAUGUGCUUCAAACUACUCCUUUUCUUCUGAUUUCCUAUUUGGUGCUUCAACAUCCGCCUACCAAAUAGAAGGAGCAUGGAAUGAAUCAGGAAGAGGAGAAAGCAUCUGGGAUUACCAGAUCCAUAACGAUCCAAGAUCCAUUAGAGACUUAAAUAAUGCAGACAUUGCCUGCGACUCCUAUCACAAAUAUAAAGAAGAUGUUAGGCUGCUUAAAGAACUAGGGGCAGGUCUGUAUAGAUUUUCCGUUUCAUGGUCCCGGAUAUAUCCAGACGGUUUUCCGCACAAUCCCAAUCAAGAAGGGCUCGCAUACUACAGCAAUCUUAUUGACGCUCUUCUCGCUGAAAACAUAGUACCCGUGUUAACCAUAUACCAUUGGGAUCUUCCUGAGCGUCUCCAAGAAUUUGGUGGUUGGACAAAUUCGUCUAUUGUGGAAUUAUACACAGAAUAUGCAAGAAUUCUUUUGGAUAAUUAUUCUGAUCGCGUUAAAUAUUGGGUCACAUUCAAUGAACCUUUUCUAAUUUGCACUGAAGGUUAUGGAGGUCCUCUGUUCGCUCCACGCGUAAACCAGUCAGGCAUAGCUGAUUAUCAAUGUGCUCACAACCUGAUAAAAUCUCAUGCUGCAGUUUAUCAUCUUUUUAAUAAUACUUACAGGAGCAAAAAUAAUGCUAAAAUGGGCAUCGUUUUCGUGGCUGAAGGGCAUACCGCCGGCAGCUCCAGCGCUCAGGACAUAGAAGCUGCUGAAAGAUCCAAGCAGUUUAAAAUAGGUUUGUUCGCGAAUCCUAUUUUCGGUAAAGACGGUGAUUAUCCAAAAGUAAUGAGAGACCUAGUUGCUAAGAAAAGUGCGGAAGAAGGCUUCUCUAAAUCCAGACUUCCCGAAUUCACUCCGGAUGAAAUUAAAUAUAUUAAGGGAACGUCCGAUUUCUUUGGAGCGAAUCAUUACACUACCAAAUUGUCGAAAUAUUCAGCACCAGUUAAAGGAGUAACUUCCUACACUAAUGAUAUGGAAGCGGAAUUGUCGUUUGAUCCUAGUUGGCCAAAGGAUCCACUUAACCGAUUCGCAAUUGUUCCAUGGGGUUUCCGAGAGGUUUUAGUAUGGAUUAAAAAUACAUACAACAACCCUGAAGUUCAUAUUACAGAAAAUGGUUCUCCAGAUAGUGGAGGAUUAGAAGAUAAUGUUAGAGUGACUUUUAUCGGGCUAUAUCUUGAAGCACUUCUGCAAGCUAUCAACGAAGAUAAGGUGAACAUACGAAGUUAUUCAGUUUGGACUCUAAUGGACAACUUCUCGUGGGUACGUGGAUAUAGCAAUCGACUUGGACUUUAUCAGGUUAAUAUGAGUGACCCAAAUCGUCCAAGAACAGCAAAAUUGUCAGCCAAAUUUUACAAAGAAGUCAUCGCCAACAGGGUAGUUGGAGACUACCCUCCACUCCCAAAUAACAACUAAAGUUAUACUGAAAAGUUUUCUGUUAUUUGUUUUCACUAAUAAAGAUUCAUGAUGAGAAUAGAAACUAUCAAAAAGUUUGAUGAAAUUUACAAA